AUGUUCGCGUCGACGCUCUCGCGCGCCGCCGUCGUCGCCGCCGCGCGCGCGCCGGACGCGGACGCGUCCAUCGCGUCGCGCCGCGCCGCGGUCGCCGCGGGCGCGCUCGCGGUCGCGCUCGCGCCGCGCGGCGCGCGCGCGCGCGGCCUGCCGACGCUCGAGUGCGCGAACGAACUCGUCGUCGGCGCGCGCGGGCUGGCGUUCUGCGACGCCGUCGUCGGCGACGGCGCGACGCCGACGGCGUCGAGCGUCAUCAAGGCGCACUACGUCGGGCGGUUGGAGAGCGGACGCGCGUUCGACUCGAGCUACGAGCGCGGCGCGCCGCUGCAGUUUAAACCGUCGCAGGUGAUUCAGGGCUGGGGACUCGGGAUCUGCGGCGACGGCGACGCGAUACCCGCGAUGCGCGUGGGAGGGAAGCGACGGUUGGUGAUCCCGCCGGAGCUCGGGUACGGGGCGCGAGGCGCGGGAGGGGCGAUACCGCCGAACGCGACGCUGUACUUCGACGUCGAGCUCGUCGCCGUCGCGUGA